UUAGGUUGGGCAUUAUUGUUCCUGAAGUGCUCGUGGGCCUGCUUCUAUUAGUUGAAAAGGAGCUGGCUGUUAAGCAGAUAUUUUGGAAAGGCAACUACACAGCCUGGUGGACCUGCCAUCUGUAUGGUGUUGCAGUUCCCCUCGUUUUUGGCAUUUCAAUUUUAAGUCGAGGCCGUUGCAAAAAAUCAAGGGACAGAAAAUGUCUAAUUGAAUCCCAGCCAAACUCUUAGCCCUGAAUUUCGAAUUUACUGAACUUCUUUGCCAAACUGGACAGUAGGAGAUUAUGGAAGACCAAAUGUGAUGGAAUACAUUUAUGAUGAAAUAAGCAAUAAAAUGUAUAAUGAAAUAAUUAAAAUAUGCAAUUAAAUAAGCAAUUAGAUAUCUAUUAAUUAUUUUAAGUCUCUUAUUUCAUGGAGUUUUUAUUCUGAAGGAUGGGCCUUUCAUGUUCACUGACUGGCAAAGUCAUUUUGAAAUCAAUACGCCUUGAAAUAAAUUGUUGUAGAAAUCAAUAAGAGUCAAUGUGCAAAGUGUCCUUCCAAGACUUAAAAUAAUUAAAUAAGUAUCUGUUAAUUAUCUAGUUUAUUGCUUAUGUAUAUAUCAAUUUAUUUAAUUGCUAAUUUAUUGAAUUUGGUCUUCCAUAGUUCCAUAGGAACAUUGCAUGUUCAUACAUUUCCACUUAACCUGGCUUUUAAAAAAAUACACUAAUUACAUCGUAAUAUUGAAUUACCCAAUAUUACAGAGGUGUAGUCUCACAGGCUGCUUGUUAUUCAAGCUGUAAUGGGAUCUCGUGCUGUCCGUCAUUUAUAAGAAUGCCUAGUACAAUAACUUCGCGUUGCCAUGGCGAUACCUAAUGGUACUUUUCCAAAUUAAAAGUUUCAGUGAACUGGAGACCUUUCAAUGAUGUCACCAUGUCAAAAAGACGUGGGCUCAGGGACCGAAACAGCUGCCCUAAUCUAUGCGCAGUCCUACUUUUCCAAAGGGAAAGAACUCAUGACUGCAAUAAAGAUCAAGGCCCAGGGAACGCCUCGCAUGCGGCGCCCCAGGACACCCUUUCUGGAUGGGUUCACCCGUGGCAUGAUCAUUCUCUGCACCUCCCUGGCUGUGGUCUUGUCCUCCAUUGCUGUCUGUGAUGGCCACUGGCUUCUGGCAGAUGGGCAGAUGUAUGGCCUUUGGCACUUCUGUGCCGUGGGGGCUCGUGGGGGGACAGGGUCUGGGGCCAUGAUUGCUGAGGUGGGGGCCUUGCCCAACUGCACCACCCGGCUGAGCCUGGCUGGGGUGGAGGGGCUGGAGGUGGGGAUGGGGCUCUGUCGGUCAUUGACCUCCUUGGCUGUGGUGGGCGCCAUCUUUGGUUUGGAGCUGCUUGUGAUGUCACAGGUUGGUGGUGACCAGGACUCAAGCCGCCGCUGGGCCCUGGGCUCAGCGCUGGUGCUUGUAGCCUUUGCCCUGUCCGUCUUUGGGGUGCUGGUAUUUGUAGUCCUGCUGCGUGCCCAUGCCUCACCCCUGGGUUUCACCCUCACCUUUUGGUGCCAGUUCACUGCCGUCUUCCUCUUCUUCCUCAAUGGAACAGCUUCCCGCCACAUCCACCACAUGGUGCUGCCCCCUGCUGGUGAGCCAGGGAAAUGCUAGGUGGAGGCAGUUUCAUGUCUGAUCAUUCCCAGACCCAAAAGACACAUUAAUUUUACUUCUAAAGAGUGUGUGUCAUUGGUUUGUGCAAUAUGAAUUAUACACAAUGUAAUAACAUCAAAAUACAUUAGGUAUUUUUGUGUUAGAAAAUCUUGCACUUUUGUCCAAAUUUUACACAAAGUUUUUUCAUUCAAAACACAUUUAAUUUACAAACUUUGUAAUGCCAUUAUUACUUAAAUUUUGUAUCUGAUUCCACCUUCAGUUCACAACAAAUGUUUUAUGCUGUCUCUCAUUAUAGUUUAUGAAGUGGAAUUCAUUUUAUGCCACAAUUUUGUUUAAAGUAAUAAUAGAUAUUUUUGUUGUUAACUUCCCUUGAAUAUUUCCAUAAUAUCUCAGUACUAGUUUAACCCUUUUGACAGCUCUACGAUUUUUCAUUUGCUUGUGGAUCAGAAUAAAUUCACCUCUGCUGUCA